CUACACCUGUCUGGGGUUACGACGAGGACUGAGAUGCACUGAGCAGGGAUGGCGGGAGCAGUUGCUCCAGAAAUGUGCCUGCCUUAUAGAAAGCCCGCACCGGCACGGUGGCCUGCGUGCUAGCUGGGCCGCCCUCUGGAAGCUGUAACUGGCCGAUACGAGCUUAAGAAAGCAGAAGCCUCUUUUUUCCCUUUCACUGAGAAAAUGGCUGACAAGAACGAGGUAGCUGCCCGAGCUGCCCUUAUUGAGCGACUGCUGUCUGGAAGGAAUUUUGAGGAUCUUGGUGACCACCUUGCUGAGCUGGAUACUCUCCCUGUGACCAAGGAGCUCCUGCAGGAGACAGAUGUGGUGAGGGUGGUGUACAGAGUCCUCAGAACCUGCCCCACAGCAGCUUUGAAGAAGAAAGCCAAGUGUCUGCUGUCACAGUGGAGAGCUCUUUAUAAGGCUCCUUGCUGCAAAGCCAGGGCCAGCCCAGAAUUCUUUCCCACAGGUGGAAACAAAGAGCGAAAUUCAGGACUUUCUCAUGGCCCCAGUCAGGACGAGGUGCCAGCCACCCCCAGCUCUGAUUCUCUGCAGUCAUCUCCAGAGGCCCUGGCAGAAGCCACGGGUGGGAUGGUGCCGGGGAACAGCCCCCGGCAGACGAAACCUGAGGAGGGCGACCCUGAGCCCCCUGGGAAGGGAUCAGACGAGCUGCUGGAUUCCGGGGGGCCCUUGAGAGCCCGGUGCACAAAGCUGCUGUUUGAAGCCUUAGCAGCCUCCUCCUCAGAUCAGCCCCAGGCUGUGGUGGGCUUUGCAAGAGAAAUUGAAGAGCACAUCUUUGCCCUUCAUUCAAAGAACCUCAGAAAGUACAAAACUUGUAUCCGAAGCAAGGUUGCCAAUCUGAGGAACCCCCGAAACCCUCACUUAUCACAAAACCUGCUCUCUGGGGCCAUGUCCCCGAGAGAAUUUGCCGAAAUGACCGUCCUGGAAAUGGCCAGCAAGGAACUGAAGCAGCUGCGGGCAUCUUACACAGAAUCCUGCAUACAGGCUCGGUCCCUGCCCCGCGCCGUCGAGGGCACACCCACCACAAAAAUCAGGUGCGGGCGCUGCGGGCGCUUCAACUGCCAGGUCACCAUGAUCACCAGGGGCAUGCUCUUCCUGCCAGGUUGGGUGCAGAAUUCAAACCCAGGUGAAGAUAUGAUGACCUACGUCACCUGUAAUGAGUGUGGGGAGCAGUGGUACCACAGCAAGUGGGUGUGCUUAUAAAGCGCCCCGGCGGACACCUUUUGUCUGUACCGGCCCUUAGUGUGCUAUGGCACAUCGUGCACGCGGCCUUCACGAAACACUGACAGUUUGGGGCUAGUGGGUGACUGUUCGCGUUGUGCCGUACAGUCACUGAGCUCAUGAUAGCUUGGGCAGGCCUGGAGUCCUGGCGUUAGCCUCACGGGGUGACUUUGAGCGCUCUCUGAUGCAAGGGCCCACGCACAGCCAUUCAAGCAGAUGGCGGGAUGUGACCUGGCCCCCAACCUUUCCGUUUGUAAUUCCCCAAGUUAUUUUUAGCUGCAGUUGGGGUUCAGCGCUACUCAGAAAUGGGCCACUUGGUCCUUCUGACGGCACUAAGAAGGGGAUGUUAUGCUGUAAUCUUUCCAGGCGAGGGAGCCAUCGGCUACCCCGCCCGGGCUGCGCCCACGUCCUCCUCUGACUCCAGCACCUGAGUGUGCCACGUGUUGACUUCUGAAAACUAUUCGUGGGGCCGUGGACAACAGGAAUAAAGCGUUUGUCCCCUGACAUCGGACACUAGAGCUUUGUCAUCUUCUUGACGCCUCAUUUUACAGGGAGGCCCCCCUGUAACUCACUCCACAGUUCAAAUGCUCUUUUCUUAUGCUUUUCACAUCUUUAUUCUUCCCACAAGUUCUCCAGAGUAAACUUUUAAAAAUAUAUAUACAAUUGCGGCCUC